UUUCUCUAUCAGACACUGUAGUUAUCUUACCGGUGAAAGCUUUACAUUCAUGGGUUUAAACUGUGUUAUUACUAUAUUUAUAUUGACUAUCCGUUACUAUUAAGGUACAGUUCUCAUAGUUAACUAUGUAAGACUUGAAUAUUUUAAUGAUACAUUUAUUACAGAAGAUGUCUAACUUUUAACAGUAGAAGCUGCCGGCCGGUCGUUAGCAUGUUGUAGUUAGCAGCUAAAUGCUAAUGAGUCCAAACUAGACCUUUUUUAACAGAAGAUUUAUAUUAGAUUUUUAUAAACUUCCAAGUAACAAUGAAGUGUCACUAUGAAAUCUUGGGUGUGAAACGGGACGCAGGAGACGAUGAUUUGAAGAAAGCUUAUCGUAAAUUGGCACUGAAAUGGCAUCCAGAUAAGAAUUUGGACAAUGCUGAAGAAGCAGCGGAGCAGUUCAAGCUGAUCCAGGCAGCUUAUGAUGUCCUAAGUGAUCCACAGGAGAGAGCUUGGUAUGAUAAUCACAGGGAAGCUUUGCUAAAGGGAGGCCUUAGUGGAGAUUAUGAAGAUGACAGCAUUGACCUGCUCCAGUACUUCACUGUGACUUGUUACUCUGGAUAUGGAGACGAUGAGAAGGGCUUUUACAUGGUCUACAGGAACCUCUUUGAGUCCAUCGUUAAGGAGGAGAUGGAACAUGGCAAAGUAGACGAUGAGGAUGAAGACGAGGACUUCCCUCCUUUUGGAGACUCUCAGAGUGACUAUGAUACUGUAGUGCAUGUAUUUUAUGGCUACUGGCAGAGCUUCUGCACUCGUAAAAAUUUUGCCUGGAAGGAGGAGUACGACACAAGGCAGGCAUCCAACCGCUGGGAGAAAAGGGCCAUGGAGAAAGAGAAUAAGAAGACUAGAGAAAAAGCUCGUAAGGAGCGUAACGAGCUGGUACGUCAGUUAGUGGCUUUUGUGCGCAAGCGAGAUCGUCGGGUGCAGGCCCACAGGAAGCUGGUGGAGGAACAGAAUGCAGAGAAGAUCAAAAAGGUUGAGGAGCUGAGGCGAAAGCAGAAACUCGACCAGGCCAAACUGGCAGAGGAGUACAAGGAGCAGAGCUGGGCGGCCAUGUCUGAACUGGAGAAGGAGCUGCAGCAGAUGGAGGCUCAGUAUGGACAGGAGUUUGGAGACGCAUCUGAGAGCGAAGACGAAGAGCAGGACGUGGACGCACGAGAGAAAGCCAGCGAAGACGGAGGAGAUCAGCCCGAUGCAGAUGAGCUGACUAUUGACUAUUACGAUGACCUGUACUGCCCAGCUUGUGAUAAAUCCUUUAAAUCGGAUAAAGCGAUGAAGAACCAUGAAAAAUCCAAAAAGCACCGGGAGAUGGUGGCAUUGCUACGGCAACAGUUGGAGGAAGAAGAUGAUUCACUUGGCAUGACUCAGGGUGAAAAGGAUGGAAGAGAGGAAGAAAAGGAGCAGGAAGAUGAGGAGGAGGAGGACGAGGAGGAAGAAGAAGAGGAGGAAGAUAAGCCGAGGCAAAAGCUGUCCAAAAAGCAGAAGAGAAAAAAGAAACAGCAGAAAGGGUUAAAUCAAAGUGCUCCAGAAGAGAAUGAAGACAAACCAACACAAACCCCAUGUGAUGUAGAUGCCCACAAAGACCCAGAGGAGCCCACAGAGCCAGAGGAGAGGGGUGAACUUCCUCCCACUGAAGCCAAGAGUUCUGGGAAGACGAAAGGAAAGAAAGGAGGAAAAGACAAACCAAAGAAUAUCAAACCCCACACAGGAGAACAGAUGCCUGAGAGGGAAGUCAAUCUCCGCUGUGUGACCUGCAACAAUGAGUUCCCAACAAGAAAUAAGUUAUUUGACCAUCUAAAGACAAGUGGCCACGCCUCCGCGCUCUCCCAACACGCUGCUCCGUCCACAAGCAAGAGCAAGAAAGACAAGAGGAAGAACAGAUAACACACAUUCAGCUGGGUUUACGACGUAGGAGAGCUCUGAGGAGGACAGAGCUGUAAAUGUGGAUUUGAAUGGACUGCAAUGACUGAGCCCGUUUACAUACACACCAAUACCCUGACCAUUAUCACUGGAGUUAUCAGAUUAUUCAAGCGGUCAUGUAAACUGCAGUAAUCUGAUUAUGAGAAAUCAGAUUAACACACCUGGAUUUCUCCCCAAUACUCUGAUGUCUUCCUGUAUGUAUACAGGUUGAUCUGAUUUAUUUUGUUCUUUUACAUCUGUACAUGUAAAAACAAUCAUAGAAAACGAAAGUUACGUAGUCAAACGACAGCGGAAGACACGUAACAGGAAGUUUGAGUCCACCAUCACUACAUAUGUAUGUACUCCAAAUGAAAUCCAAUAAUGGACUGGAGCGUCUAAACCAGGUUUUUCAAUUAUCGCGUGUAAAUAUGUCAGACCUGAUUUUUAUGAUCAUGUAAACAGGCUCACUGAUUCAACCAUGUUCUUCAGCAGGAAACAUUAAACUUGGGAUAAAUCUG